GGCACCCUUUACUUUCUAUCUUUUUUAAGUCUUCACUCACGGGCUUUGCUUACACGUUGCAACUUUUCGGUUCAGGGCAACAGCAUUCUUAAACGACUAGGGUAUAGGAACAGACACUUAUGGAAGAUUCCAAAUGAGACUAUACAAUUUCCUAGUCGUCUUUACGUUGUUGUUAGUCGCAACAAUCUUCGCGUGUCACAUCUGGCUCAUCACUCAAGACCGUCUUCAUGGAAUUCGAUUUAAUUCUGGACAAUAUAAAGCAGGUAUUCAUUCACGAGAGGUAACCAAAGGAUCAGGACGCAUUUCUCAAUGGCGAAUAACUGAACUGAGGGCGAUCGACAGUGAACGAAUUUACAUGCACGAGACCACAGGUUACGGCGAUCUAACCGCACGCCAAUGCUGCGCUGUCGAAUCUGCUGCUAAAAACAAUCCAAAUCGUCAAGUUCAACUGUUCGUAUCUCGUAGUGAAUUAGAUGAUGAGCAGCAACAGAAGUUAAUAAACGGUAGCAAUCCAUCGCCAUGGCUGACGGUUCUGCAACACUACCCCAAUGUGGAAGUGAUUUUCUACGAUGAAGCCGAAUAUUUUAACGAUACCACAUUAGAAACUUGGUACAUGGAAGAUCAAUGGGAAAAUAAUCGUCAACAAGAAACUCACUUAUCCGACUAUGUUCGGGCUGUAUCGCUGUUCAGAGGUGGCGGCCUCUUCCUCGAUGUAAACUCUGUGCUGACGUUGAAACCGCUGAAUGAACCAAGAUGGACCAAUUUUUUCGUCGUAAAAAGCAACGACCGAAUAGCACAUCAAACGACAUCAUCAAACAAAAUGUUUCAUUUAGUUCACGGCCAUCACUUGAUCGAUAUGCUGAUCUUUAAACUGGUCGAAGCUAGUGGCAGCCCUCAUCCAGAGCCGUUUGAAGUCGCUAUUGACGCCAGUCUGGCCCGUAUCUGUAAUUUCGAGAGAAAAGGACUUUUGAAUCCAGGAAAUAAUCAGUGCCUAGAUGUCCGUUUAAACGAAGAAAGGGACGUCUUUUUACCACCUCUUGACACUUUACUGUCAAGACGUUCAUUUACCCAUUUGAAAGAAAAUGGUGGUAGUAUUAACUUACAGUCUUUACAGCAAGUAGUUCGGACAGUAGUUGAAGCUCAAGAAGGAGUUUUGAUGACGUGGGAUGCAAUGGCCGCCCUACUGCAACAAAACAAAACGUUUUUUGAAUCGUCCGGUUUCAGUGUGUCUAGCAAGAUGGUCCUCUCUAUGCUGAUCGCCGACAAUUGUCCCGUAACGGCAGCGCAAGAAAAGAUUUUCUUCUAAAACAAUUUGCGUUAUGUACUUGAUUGGUUGACUACACAGAAUCUAUGAAACGA